AUGACACAUACAGGUUUAACACAAGAUCAGAUUCGUAAAGCUGUAUCAGUAUUGCAUCCUAAUUUAACAAUUGAUACAAAAAUUAAAAAUGUGGUACAAUAUACACGUCAGCAAACCCGUACACAGAUUAUUUCUGUUGAUGAUUUACAAUUAUGGUGUAAGGAAAGAAUUAAUUGUCCACCAGCUGACCAAUUGCAUCAGGUUUUUGUACCAUUUUAUGAAGUAAAAGAUAUUGAUAAUAUAUUUGUGUUGUUGGCUGUCGAUUAUUAUAAACGUCAUUUUCAUCCAAUUGGCUUAUGCUUGAUAUCAUCUGAUGAUGCUGCUUCAACAUAUAAAACAUUAUUUCAAGGGGUUCCUACAUAG